UUCACCAAUUUUUAAACAUAAUUUCUUGUCAAUACAACAAGAACAUUUAGCUUCUCUUUCUGAACCUGGAACUCAACAGAGUAAAUGGAACCAGAAGUUGAAAAUUCUGAGAUUCCCAAAUUCAAAAAACCGUUAAAGAACAAGUGUGAAAAUGUUAAAAGGUUUAGUGAUGAGCAAGUGAAGUUACUUGAGUCCAUGUUUAAACAAGGGACAAAGAUAGAGCCAAGAGAGAAGCUGAAAUUGGCAAGAGAUCUCGGGUUGCAACCACGCCAAGUAGCUAUUUGGUUUCAGAACAAAAGGGCCAGAUGGAAAUCGAAGCAAUUAGAACACGAAUAUCGGAUACUUCAAUCAAAAUUUGACAAUUUAAACAUGCAAUUUCAAUCCUUGAAGACAGAAAAGGAGAGACUGCUCAUUCAGUUGGAGACAUUAAAUGAUCAGCUAGAAAACAACGCUCAAGGCAGCAGAAGCCAAGAUUCAAGAGAGAGUGAAUUGCACACAAGUCCAGAAAAUGGAUUUACAGACUUAGAGUUGAAAGAUUGUUCAGGUUGCUCCGAUUCAAGAUUUGGUCACAAGAGUGUAAAUGAAGAGGAUGAUGACACAACAGAAGGAACAGAUAAAUACUUCACUCCUAAAGAAGAAGCAGAGUUUUGGAACCUGGAGAAAUUAGGAGAUAAUAAUUCCUUAGAACAUUGGUGUGUUGGCUUAGGUAGUUUCUCCAAUUCUAAGUUGUGGGACUUUUGAGCCUCACAAUUGUACAUACCAACUUUAUCAAACUAGUAGAACAGAAGGAAGGAAUAUAUAUAAAUAUAUAGAUAGAUAGAUAGAUAGAUCUCAGUUAUCUGUUUUCUUCUUUUCCAUUGUGCCCAAGAAUCAGAAUGUAGCUUUAUUAAAAACAGAGGCUUUGCUUGUGAAUCCUUGAACAAGAUGCUUGAUUUUGUUUUAUCCCAA